UGUAGCGCCGCUCCACCGCGGACACACGCGCCGACACUCCCGCGUGCUCAUGGCGUCUAGGCCGGGCCCUAGCGGCGACGCCGCGUCUGCGCAGGACAAGGACAAGGACAAGGCCAAGAGCAAGCUGGGCAAGCUGGUGCGCAGCAGCUCCUUCAAGCUGGGCAAGAAGGACAAGGACAAGGAUGACGACGCCAAGGAGGUCGCCGACAAGAAGAAGCAGAAGAAGCAGAAGAAGGUAAAGGCGGCGAGCGGCGAGAAGCAGGGCGAGCCCAAGCCGCACAAGCCCAGCAAGGCGUCGCAGCUGGUGCGCAAGCUGAGCAUCGGCAUGCUGAGCAAGUCGGGCAAGGCGUCGCCGACGCAGGGCUCGCCGCUUCCCCCCCGGGCCUCCCCCCCGCCGGCCGGCGCCGGCCAAUCAGAGCCGGCCGGAGCGGAGGACGCGGCGCCCCGCGCGCAGACGGCGUCAGAAGGCAGCGGCGAGGCGCGGAUACCGUACAUCGAGGAGAGCGACAGCCCCAGCACGCCGAGGUCUCGCCCGAGCGACGCUGCGACGGACGAGUUGCCCGCCGUCCUGCCGAGAGACGCCUUCUUCGGGCUCGGCCCCAGGUUGGAUCCUGAGCCCGCGCCGCGCACGGAACCUGUCUGGGAGACCGCACCGAGUCCACCGUCCUACAAACUAGAGCCGCUUCAGACGGUGGAAGAAAAUCUUGGGCAAGAUAGAAAUGCGACAGAACUAAAGUUGGAAUCUGAUGCCGCUGAAGAAUCCAAGUUGCUGAAGUCUGAACCGGAACCGGGUGAGUUAACCGAGUCGGUUGGCUCUAAAUAUUCAGAACCAGCAGAGAAUCGAUUUUCGAAGUCCGAACCUGAAACUGGUAGGCUAAUCGGUGCGUUUGCAGGAGGGAUUGGCUCAGUGUAUUCAGAAUUAACAAAAACUAAAUUGUCUGAAUCUGAAGUUGGUGAGUUAAUUGAUACUGAAACAGAAGAUAGUGGCUUUGAGUAUCCAGAACUAACAGAAACUAAAUUGUCAAAGUUUGAACCUGAAGCUGGUAAGCCAAUUGAAUUAACAGAAGAUAGUGGCCCCGAGUAUCCAGAACUAAGAGAAACUAAAUUGUCAAAGUUUGAACCUGAUGCUGAUCCAGAACCAACAAAAACAAAAUUGUCAAAGUUUGAACCUGAAGCUGGUAAGCCAAUUGAAUUAACAGAAGAUAGUGGCCCCGAGUAUCCAGAACUAAGAGAAACUAAAUUGUCAAAGUUGGAACCUGAAGCUGGUGAGCCAAUUGAAGCAAGUGAAGAUAGUGGCCCCGAGUAUCCAGAACUAAGAGAAACUAAAUUGUCAAAGUUGGAACCUGAAGCUGGUGAGCCAAUUGAAGCAAGUGAAGAUAGUGGCCCCGAGUAUCCAGAACUAAGAGAAACUAAAUUGUCAAAGUUUGAACCUGAAGCUGGUGAGCCAAUUGAAUUAACAGAAGAUAGUGGCUCUGAGUAUCCAGAACUAAGAGCAACUAAUUUGUCAAAGUUGGAACCUGAAGCUGGUGAGCCAAUUGAAGCAAGUGAGGAUAUUGGCUCGGAGCACCCAGAGCUAGUGGAAAAUAAGGAAAUUAAAAGCUUGGAAUUUGAUAGCUCUGAAGCUUGGAUGUCGCAGGCUCAAUCGGACCGCCACAGCAAACCUUAUUCCCCUCCGACCCUGAAAGCUAAGAAGCUAGCUACUUCCGCUGCUGCCAAAUCAACAGAAAAUAAUUUAGAAGACGAUAUUGCUAAUCUCUUGGCAGAAGAAAGAAUUUCAUCAGAAAGGUAUUUACAAUCCAUUGAAAAAAGUAUCGACAAGUCCUCACAGGCACUGAAGAGAGAAGAGGAAGAAGUUGAAGAAUUUGGUGAUAAUUUGGAUACAGACGAUUUGGAGGAAGAGUCAAGUAGUUUACCUUCGGAAAUGCCGGCGCCUAAUGUUAGUACCUCUGGAAACUCGCAUGCCACAGCAGCAUCUGCUCAGCAAAGUGGAGACAAGCGAGAGCACUUGUACAAGAUCCUGGUUAUUGGCGAGCUGGGGACUGGAAAGACGUCCAUCAUAAAGAGAUACGUGCACCAGUUUUUCUCCCAGCACUACCGAGCCACAAUAGGUGUGGACUUUGCACUGAAAGUACUCAAUUGGGACACAAGUUCAAUCAUAAGACUACAGCUGUGGGACAUUGCUGGUCAGGAGAGAUUCGGCAACAUGACUAGAGUGUACUACAAAGAGGCGGUUGGUGCUUUCAUAGUGUUUGAUGUGACGCGUGCAGCUACGUUUGAGGCGGUGGUGAAGUGGAAGCAGGACUUGGACACCAAAGUACAGCUUCCGGACGGAUCACCAAUCCCGUGUGUUCUUUUGGCUAACAAGUGUGACCAGCAAAAGGAAGGCUUGGUAAACAAUCCUGCUAAGAUGGAAGAGUAUUGCAAGGAGAAAGGAUUCGUAGGAUGGUAUGAAACAUCAGCCAAAGAGAAUAUCAACAUAGAAGAAGCGGCAAAAAUGCUUGUUACCAAGAUACUGCAAAAUGAUAAACUUAUCCAUCAAAAUGACACACUAAAAGAUUCGGACAAAUUUUCGAUUGAUGGGAAGAACACUAGUGAGAAAAGUGGAAAAUCAUGUUCCUGCUGACAUACUGGGGCGACUGAAGUCAUAUUUGAUACACUGUGAAAGUGUUGUAAGGCUAAUUGUUCACUGGUCAAUUUUUGAAUAUUUUUUUUUAUACAUUCCUGUUAACUAAAGGUUUGGUAGAGAUUUUUCACUUAGUAUUUAAAAUUUAUUUAAAUAUUUUGUACAGUCUGUUUUAAACUAGUGUGAUUGGUGCAGGCAUAUUUCAAAACAUUCAAGCUAUAUUUUUUACAGUUAUAGAAUAAUUGAUUUGUAAGAUGUUGAUCCGCCUCAUUUUUUUUCACAUAACUUGCAUAUAGCAAGAUCAAUAUAGCAUUCAGGUCUGCAAAUUAAGUUAAGUGUUAGGUGCUUUAAACCCAUAAUGUAAGCUAUUCAGAAAAUUAAUUUUAAGUAUGCUAGGUAUUUCUGCUAAUAUAUUAAUAUAUGCAUUAACAGUAUAAAGUUUUUUAAUACCUCUAAAAAUGAAUUGCAUUAUGGAAUUCAAGAAAAUACAAUUAAUUCUUGAAUAUGGAAGCAGCAUUCAUUGGCAUGGAAAUGUUUUUAAGUAUAUGAAAGUAAUAAGAAUAAUAAUUGAGUAUAUUUGUGAUGUGUGUGUUAAAACAAUUAUUGGAAAUAUUGUGACCACUUGCAAGACUGAACAUGUUUGUAGUUAACUAUAAAAUGCCUUUGGCUGCUAUUUGCAACUAAGAUGAUGCCUCAGUGAAUAUUAUUCUUGCCAGUAAAAAAAGUACAAAUUGUGUUGGUUCCUGUGUCUCAUUACUGCCUUCAUUUUAUUUUUCAAUUCAAUUGUGGACAAAAUUUAAAAUCUAAUGUUACAACAGUUGGAAUUUGUUAUACGUUACUCUUGUAAAUUAAAUAUAUUGCUGCAGUUAUUAUUUUAAAACCUGUUAAUAUUUAAAUGAUAAGAUGUGUGUUUCAAACAACUUUUUGGACAAUGCCAUAGCUGGUUUGCACUAGAUGUCUUAGAAAAACCUAAUGAAUGGAUAAUAAAGAUAAAUACAUACACACUGAGAAACCAAUAUCAGCUGAUGUCAAGUAUUAGAUGCCUAGGCAGAACAGAGAAUUCAGUUGUUGGAAUUUAAUUCAAAUUUGCUGUGGUAAUCGGGCUGCUUGCCCAAAAUAUGCAACUGUUUUGUCGUAGGAAGUCGCCUGUGUUAGUCUGCGUUGUCAUAUUGCCCGGAAUGUUAUUUCAUUGUUGGGUAUGUUUGUGUAUCACUGUUCUUGAAGGUAGUCUGUAGUUACUGUUUCUGUCGCAACUAUCUAAUAAAGCCACUCUUUAAAUUUAGUUUUCAUUAAUUAAUUUCUGACAAAAUUGCUUCUGGGUAAUUCUCUGUACUGUCUAGGCAAUUAGAAUUUUACAUCAGCCAAUAUGGCUUGUUUUCAAUGUGUGUAUGUAUUAAUUUUUGUGCAUUCAGGUUUUUCUUUGCCAUCAGUGCAAACCAUCAAUGGAGUAGGUCCGUGAAAUUGUUAGAAAUAUACCUUCCCCAUUGCAAAAAUCAUUAAAAGAAUGUGAAAAAAAUGUAGUUAUGCUCAAGAUUUUUAUUAAAUAUCUUGGAGUAGCUAUUGUGAAAGAUUAUGUAGGAAUGAAAAGUGAAUUAUUAGUAAUUUAUACAAUAGGUAACGUUAAUAAAUCAAACUACUUGUAAUUUUUAUUUCAUUAUUUGUUACUACGUUUUAUAACUGCAGCACUAAUGAAAGUAUUUAAAAAAUAUUUUUUCAAAAGAAUCUUGAUUUAAAAUGGGUUUCUCGAUGUAAAAGUGGUGUGUCAUUCUGCACUUUGUAUUGGGAAAUGUUCACAGCAUUACUGUAAUAUAAACUCGUUAAAAAUCUUCCAAAAUUAUUUCAGACUUGCAGUUUUCCCAUAAUUUUAUAUUAGAUUUGUUUAUCAUGAACUGUUUGUCAUUGUUACCCUUAAAUGAUAAUAUUAAUGAAUUUGUAAUUAUGUAAAUCUUUGUCUGAGCAUUUUCUGCUGCAUUUUAAUUCUUACCUAUGUAAAUUUUUGCUGUUAAGUUUGGCAUAUUUUACUUCAAUAAGAUUUUUUUGUAAACCUAGUGGAAUUUGUUGAAUAGUGUAAAGAUGAACAUUAUUUUAGUACUAUCAGUCAUUACUUAAAUGUAAGAAAGUUUAGCAUAUUAUAGUUGUGAUAAAUCUCAAAGAAAUCUCAAACUGCAUUUUUUUCAGUAUUUGACUUCUCCUUUAAACAUUAAAUAAAAUAGUUGUGAAGCAUUUUUGCCAAUCUGCAAUUACAAGCAGCUUUUUAUUAUUGUAACACAGUUGCUCCCUUAAAAAUAAUUCAAGCAGUGCCAUAUAUACUGAGCAAGGAGUGCAGCUAACCUUAUGGUUUUUGCUAGAUCAGCUUUUAUAGUGCUUGUUAGUAGUUGUACACUUCCUCUACAAUUGCAACACUAAAUAAUUCAUUGUGCAAGUAAAUUGUUUAAAUUGCGUAUUAACCCUUAUCUUGUGUACUAAAGUCUGGGUUUGCAAACAUGGCUAUGUGGCUUUAGGAAUUUAAUAUUUGUGUUUGUAAUUAAUGCUGUUCUGGUACUGGACAGUUUAAAUGUGCCUCUUACUGUUUCCAAGGUGUAUUAUUGUCUUAUUUCUUGAGCUUUUGAUACCUAGCCUGCCCUUAAAUAGUAUUAAAUCUGAGCUGGAUUGCAAAAGUUGAUUCUCCUGGAAGUGUUACUGUAAUUUUUAAGCUUUGCUUUGUGUUUGCUUUUGUACAUGAUAAAAAAUUGAAUUUUACCAGUUCAUGUGGAAAUAGUUUGUGAAAUUUUGUAGUGUACUUACACUGACAGAAUAUAUUCUACUGAACACUUGUUACGUGUCAACUAAGCAGUGGAAAAUGAAGUUUCUCUGGUAUCUCUUUGUUGUGGCAUCAAAUAUUUUUACUAAUAAUAAACAAGAAUAUUAAAUGUUUUUGCAAGUGAUUUGAUGUCAUUUAGAUGUGAGAGCACCAAAAAUUUUAUCUCCAUGCGGCAUGGCUCAGUUUAAUAAAAUUAAUGUUACUCGGUUUGUAGCACAUGUACAAUGUGGAAAAGUAUAGUAUGCUAUAAACUUGUUUACAGAUUUCAAAAUAGCUACUCAAUCACAGUCUGAAUAGAACCUAAAUGUUAGUCUAAAAACCAAUUCUCUUGCAUCCUUUUAUAUUUUAAAGUAUAACAAUUUUUUUUUCUGGCAGCUUUUGGCAUGCUCUGUAGUUUUAGUAUGACCACAAAGCACAUCCCAAAUUUAAGCUAUUAAUUCUUCGUAUCGCCAAAAUUCUCAAAGUUAACAAGAGUUCUGUCACCUUGCUUCAAGUAAAUGUUGUUUAAUGUAUGAUUUUUGUGAUUAGUUAAUUUUUAUUAUCAACAGUGAUAGAUGAGAUUUCGGAUUUCAAACUUUAGUUUUUUUUGUCAGCAACUUUAAAUGUUUGGGUCACUUGCUUUUGUUAGUUUUCUUUGUUUACCAUUAUAAGUUAUUUUAGUUAGUACACUGCAGGUAGCUCCAAGACUGAUUGUUCAAUAUUUUGCCAUUUCUUGAAAUAAGUGUUUUUUUUUUUCCAAUGCUACAUGUAGAACUUUCAUAAUGUUACUAAAGAACAGUUUUGAAGUUGUGUGUGCUGCUACCAUCAUUGUUGCUAUUCAUGCAAUGCCAAAUGUAUUUGCAAAAGGUAAAGAAAGAAUAUAAAAUUUUUAGUCA